AUGUUUGGCGGAACGGCCAUUUCUCCACUUCUUGGAGCUGGCCUCUUGAAAUUGGACGGGAAAGGUGGUCUCUUUGGCUGGCAAUGGAUUUUCCUCGUCGAGGGUCUCUUCUCCAUUGUGAUGUCUUUUUUUCUCUUUUUCUUUCUUCCCGAGCACAAGGAAGAUUCUAUAUCGUCCAAUCAAGUGCAAAGUGUGGAGUUUGGAGGGCUUCGCCCGAUGAACAAACCAUUGGCCCCCCCUGGCAAAAAGCACAUAUCACUCAAAUUGGUCUGGAAGACAUUGACAAACAUAAGCAAAUGGCCGCAUUUUAUUGCCACAGGCUGCGUCUUCGCUACAUGGAGCCCUCUCACGACAUAUACUCCGAGCAUUUACAUGGAACUAGGGUUUCCUCGAAUUAAGGCAAAUGCACUUUGUGCUAUCGGAAGUUUGCUCACUCUCCCCGUUAUUUUAAUUUUCGCGUGGAUGAGCGACAAAUCGAAAAAACGGGGCCUGAUUGUUAUGGUUGCUAUCUUCGUCUACUUGAUCGCGUUAGUAAUUCUGAGAAUUUUGAUGCACCGUGUGGAUAAAUGGGGCAAGUUCGGACUCUGGACAACAGUCAAUGCUUUAGCUGUGGGCUAUCAUCCCAUUCAUAAUUCUUGGAUACAAAUUAACUGCAAGAGCUCUGAAGAGCGGAACAUAAGCGUUGCGUGA